AUGGCAUCAGAAUUAGCACCCGCCCCCACCUUGGCAGCAGAAGCAAUACCAACACUUGCCUCAGCAUCAUUAGUUGCGAGAGCGUCCACAUCCCAGGACCACCCAGAGCCACGUCGGGGUUACCAGCAGCAAAACAAAAGAAAAUCCUCCGGUUUUAAAAUGAGUGAAGAGCUUCUGAAAAAAAGUAGUCUCAGGCUGAGAACAAAACCCACUGAACCUUCCUCGAGGUACAUAAUCCAUACUCGGAAGCAAAGGUUACUUUCAGAUGGGAGGAGGCUCAGAGGAAGAGCACCCACGCUGGAGACCAAGUCUACUGGAAACCUUUACCUCGAUUGGGGUUAUCUUAUGGAAGAACUCUCUCGGGAAAGCCUUUUGGAAUUUUUGUUCAAGCCCAAAUAUGAGCACUGUGAACUUGAAGAGUUGGAGGAACACGAGCUGUGCUAUGACUUUACUGCGGCGCGGCAGUGGCAGGGUUUCCCCAACUUGGGAAACACUUGCUACAUGAAUGCCAUUUUACAAGCAUUGUUUUCAAUCCCCUGCUUUGGUGAUGAUUUGCUUAGUCAGAGUGUCCUCUGGGGAAGAAUUCCCUUUAAUGGCCUUACUCUGUGCAUGGCACAGUUGCUGGUUUUGAGAUACAUGUAUAACUGCGAAAUCAAGGAGAAAAUACUUAGCAAUACUAAGAAAGCAAUUUCGUCACUUGCAGGCAUCUUCUCCAAAAACACACAGAAUGACGCUCAUGAGUUUUUAGGCCACAUUUUAGACCAUAUGAAAGAGCAAAUGAAAACUUUAAGAGCAGUUUGGGAGAGUCGAUGGGAAUUUGCAGAAGGAAGUUCAUCUCGGAAGCCUUUUGCUAUGCGCGAAGUGCCCAUCUGCCCCAUCGUGAGUAAUUUUGAGUUUGAGUUGCAGCGCUUAAUAAUUUGUAACGCCUGCCAGCAGAUUGUUCUUAGGACUGAAAUAAAUAAUUAUCUCUCCAUCACCUUGUACCCAGGAACAAAAGGAAACCCAAAGUCUCUUCAGUUUUCUCUAGAUCUUUUCUUUGCCCCCGAAGAGCUCGAGUAUAAGUGUGAGACCUGUCAGCACAAAGUUUCAACUGGAAUACACAAAUUUAACACCCUACCGCGAGUCCUGAUCACCCACUUGAAACGCUAUCACUUUACUGGGUCGUCGUCUUCUAAAAAAAUGGACCAGUGCCUUGCAAUUCCCAGAAUCUUGGAUUUGUCAUCUCAUUGCGUGGAGAGUACCAUCCCACCUCCACCGCUGGUAAAGUAUCCAAGUCAACCACCUUCCCAGGCUGCGAAGGACUCUGAGCAAGUGGGUUUGAGAAACCCAACGUCCUCUACGGCCCAGACGACCUCAGCACCUAAAUAUGCCUUGGCUCUCUCACGUGAGGCCGAGGCACAAGGAGUAAGUGAAAACCAGCCUUAUAUAUGUGAAGAGGACGAUUCUGAUUCAGACAUAAUGGAAUUGCAAGACACUGAAUCAGCCAAGCUUGAGGCAGUUCGUGGAGAGGAACCUCAAGCAUGUAGCUCACGAAUGCUUCAGGAAGAACACUUCUAUAUUGUGACUGAUGAUGACGAUGAUGAGGGAAGUGAGACCAUCAGCAUUCCAGAUGAAGAUGAUCUUGUGGAGGCUCCUUUGGAACAAGUGCCUCGACCCACGCUCGCACCCAUACAAUCUAACUUGGGCAGAACCUGGCAAGACUCCCCAGAAGCGGCUGGAGAGUCACAGGACGUUGAGGGAAUGAAAACCUUUGGCCAGUCCCCUCAGCAGCCAGUCUUUCCCAGCCUGCCAAAGCCAGUACCGCAAGAGUAUACCAAGACUCUCCAAGCACCUGCAGGUGAACCAAGCCCCAAACAAGGUACACUGAAAUCUUCAGGCAAAUCAGGGCCCAGGAAGAAGCCCAGAAAGAUAACUGUUGCAGGGAGGGUGGGCCAGAAAGUCCAAAGGCAGACGCGAGCCUGCAAAGCUCUUCCAGAAAAGGCAAGUAAAAUGCGGGUAGAUGUAGGUAAAGCUCAGGAACUAGAAGAUACAACACCUAAACAAGAAACUAAAGUUCCAACCCAAAGAAGGAAAGGUCAGACACCAGAAAAAGCCAUGUUACAAGAAGUUAGCCUUCAGGAUUGUGGUCCUCACGCUUACCAUCUCAUUGGUAUGGUCAGCCACAUUGGAAGUAGCAUGAAUUCAGGCCAUUUUAUCUGCGAUGUCUUCAACUUUGAGAGACAAACCUGGUUCAGCUUCAAUGAUCUGCAUGUGUCCACUGCACAAGAUAUACCAGUGAAAGGGAAUGGCAGGUAUUCCACUGGAUAUAUUUUUUUCUAUAUGCAAAACGACAUCUAUCAGCAGCUCCUGCAAAGGGGCUACGAGGUCCCUGAGUAG